UUCACAACGCAGCUGAUAACUCUCCUUCAAAGUAUUUCCUGCAUGUUCUGUUGCAACCAUCUGAUUAAUUCUGUUGCAUGCUGUAAUUUCCGUUCAGCUAAUUUCGGUUUUUUUUGGAUGUAUGUAUUAAUCUACAACUACUUUUUAGAAAAAAAGAGCAAGGCAAAGAUCCUUCUAAACAUUAAAAGGCCGUAUUGCAAUAUGGACGCCUUCCGUGUCUGCUGGUAUUUAAGUACUGGAGCAGGCCUUACGGCCGUUGGAGUCUAAUUUGUUCCCUUAACAUGACCGAUUCUGACGGUGGCGAUGAAUUUUCACCAAGGCAGCGGUGGCCAGGGCCGAACCUCCGCCCUGCAGUUCGGUUUUGUGGAGGGCGGCCUCCCGAGCCGGGUCCCGGCGCGGCCGCUCGGCCGCCGCUGCCGCUGCUGCUGCAGUGGCCCGGCUGACGUCAUCGCGAUUUCCCGGCAGCCCCGGUUGCUAGCGGACUGGACAAUGUCACUGCAGCGCUUCCAUGCUGAAUGGCAGGAUUUAGACAAAGAAUUCAAGCAACUUCAGGAAACUCACAAAGUGUAUAGACACAAACUUGAUGAACUUACUAAUCUUCAGACUGUUUGUAGCAACUCAAUAAGUAAACAAAAACGAAGAUUAAAAGACCUUGCCUGUGGUCUCCGAAGAUGUAAACUUUCAGCCACUGCAGAAGAAGUUGAAGUCAUUCAGAGAAUUAAUAAUGAUAUCAAAGAGCGACGCAAUGUUUUCUUUGAUAUGGAAGCAUUUUUACCUAAGAAAAAUGGGCUGUACUUAAACCUGGUGCUUGGAAAUGUGAAUGUAACUCUUUUCAGCAAGCAGGCUAAAUUUGCUUACAAAGAUGAAUAUGAAAAAUUCAAACUAUAUCUGACGAUCAUCUUAUUGCUUGGCGCGAUAUCUUGCAUGUUUCUGUUGAAUAGGGUAAUUGAUGAAAUAUUUAACUUCCUGUUAGUCUGGUAUUACUGCACCUUAACAAUAAGGGAGAGUGUUCUCAUCAGCAAUGGAUCAAGAAUUAAGGGCUGGUGGGUAUCUCAUCACUAUGUGUCUACGUUUCUCUCUGGCGUGAUGUUAACAUGGCCCAAUGGGUUAAUGUAUCAAAUGUUUCGGAGUCAAUUUCUAGCAUUUUCUAUUUAUCAGAGCUGUGUGCAGUUCUUGCAGUAUUAUUAUCAAAGUGGCUGCCUUUAUAGAUUGCGGGCUUUGGGAGAAAGGGAUCACAUGGAUCUCACAGUAGAAGGAUUUCAGUCAUGGAUGUGGAGAGGAUUAACUUUUCUCCUUCCAUUUCUUUUCUUUGGCCAUUUUUGGCAAUUGUACAAUUCGCUCACACUUUUUGGCCUUUCACAACAUGAGCGAUGUAACGAAUGGCAAGUUUUUGUCUUGGCUCUCACAUUCCUGGUGCUAUUUCUUGGGAACUUCCUUACCACUCUUAAAGUUGUUCAUCAAAAGUUUCAGAAGAACAAAGAUAAAUUGAAAAAGCUGUGAAUGUCUGAAACCUGCUAAUUAAACAACAUUGCUGGGGAAGAUGGCAAUAUAUUCCAAUACCCUUGCAUUUGCUACUGGAUUUGAGUCUGAACACUUGCACAUCAGUGAGACAGGAUUUACAACUGUCACACAACUAUUUACAAGAAUCCUGAUGGUAGCUGCAUUCUCUAUUCAUUCUGACAGAAAUUGACUAAGUGAAAUUAUUAUACUUUUAAGAUCUAUAUACUGUAUUAGUAUGGAUCAUUGUCCCAAACUUGUCAAAUUUUAUUUCAAUGUUAUAGUUUUUCACUACCAUGGGAUGUUACUGUCUAAAUGUGAUUUAUAUUGCCAGCGAGCACUUGAUGGGGCAAAAUAUGGUGUUGAUGUGAAAUGAAUAUCAUCUCUGAGAUGUUUGGAUAAACCUUUAUCAUGAUUUAACUUGUUAGGUAGUUUAUUGGCUGUCAGCAACCAUUAAAAUUUUGAUUGAAGUAUAACAUUAGUCUUAAUUGGCCAAUAUAAAAGGUUAUACCAACGUAAACUUUUGAUUCUUCACUGUUUCAAUUACUACGUAUAAUAUUCAAAUUAUUUAUGCAUGUGUAUUCUGUGUUCCACUCUUGUAGAUGUGAUGAUAACAUUAAAUGUAUAUUGCAAUUUGAAUUACAUAUCAAAUUAAUUAAUUGUCCUGCUACAUGGGUAAUAUUACUUUUAACAACCAUUCCUUCAUUUGUUCCUUUUUAGUCUGUCUUUCCCUUGGAUUCUGUUUUCAGGAUGUUAUUUUCCAAGCAAACAGGACCACUUCCAAACAAACUACCUCCUCUUUCAGAUGUCUUCUAGUGCCACUCUUAAUCUAGUUGGAGGUAUUUAGAGUGACUCAGGGUAACUGAUCUUUUACUUUAAGGAAACUUUCCUCUCCACAAUUGGCAACGUGCCAGCUAUUGAUGAAGGAACACUGAAUGACUUAAUAUUUGGAAUUGUGGAAGAGCCGAGAGCCCAAAUAAAUGUUAUCACAGUCCAAGGGAAUUUUUUUUCCCUCUGUUGCAGUAUGAAUUAUCUGAAAUAAGCUCAUUUGUUAAUGAAAACAAACACAACAAGCACUAAAAUAGUGAAGUUUUCUUGAAUUAGUUUAAAUAUUUGUUUGCAAGUGAUAUGACAGUAAUAAUGAAUAAUCAAGAGAAAUCACCUAAAUGAUUAAGAGCGUGAAUCAUGUAGUAAACGAACAUUAGGCCACACGGGAAAAUGCAACAAAGGUCAGGAACACAGGGAGUAAGUACAGGUCUGCUCAGAUUUAUCAUUUCUCAGAAAGAGUAUGUUAUUCCUUCAAAGCGGAGGCAUAGUUAAUCUUGCAUUGAUUUGAGUGUCAUACACUGCACCAAUGCUGAAUUUUAACCAUGGUCCAAGGGAUUUAGGGUUUGUUUAAAAUAUAUUGUUUUGGAAUCGAUACCUUCAAUUGAUAUCAGAAUCUGUAGGUUUUGUGGCCCAACAUUUUAGCUGCAGUUUCUAAAACCGGGAACAUGUGCAUAUAUGUACACUCCAUUAUUCAUCCAAAUUGAGAGUAAAAUUAGUGCAGGUAAUAGUCAAAGCAUAAAAAACACAAAAUGCUGGCAGAAGUCAGCUGGCCAGACAGCAUCUAUGGGAGGAGGUAGUGACGACGUCUUGGGCCAAAACCCUUCAUCAGGAGACAUCCAGCAUCUGCAGAUUCACUCAUGUUGUAGUCAAAGCAUAAACACUAUUUAUGAGCAGAAGGGAUUUAUAAUCAUGAAUGAAAACCUGUGACAUUGUGAGCAACAUGUCCUCUUAAGACUAGAGGGAGAAGUCCUUGCAUUGGUUUUCCCAGAGCUAAAUAUAAACUCUGUAAUGAUUGAUUUAUGCAGAAGACUUCAGUGAGCCAGUGUCAAACAAUGUCAUGUCCUGUGGUCACUCUGAUAAUAACAAACUGAAACCAACCUCCAACUAGUCUUUUUUUUUGCAGAUUAAUCAGGGUUAUUUUUGUUUUACAAUGUUAGAAAAAUACAUUGCUCAUGAGUGAAAUUUUGUAUUUAACUUUUUUUUUGCUGAAUAGAAUAGAAUCUUGUCACACAAAAUGGGAACAACUGAAGGUCUGCCUUUUAUUUGACAUCAUCAAAUGUGAUUUAAAUUAUUUUGUACCAAAGUGCUAUACAGCAGCGAUCUACAAUAUUCAAUAGUGUAGUCAGUUGGAUUCCAGGAGAAUAUUUUAAAAACUAUGAGGUAGUCACAUAUAACACAGUGCAAAGCAAAUACUAGUAAGAAUUAUUAGAGAGUGUGAUUGCCUCGUUAUUCAAGGAAAAAAUGCAAAUAAGUAGUGAAUUAACUUUGCUUCGCAGUGAAAAUUAUACUUCUGGAGGACCUGUGAUGGACGUUCUAUGAAAACCGUAUAAUGUAUUAGUACUGGCAAAAAGUUUAAGCAAGCAAUAUAAUUGCAAAAAUGCACAGACAUGUUUAAUACUCAGUCUUGUGUUUACCUGCUAAAAAUGUAAUUUUUUAAUACUAAAUGCUGAUUGUGAAUGUGUUAACUGGGUUAUUUUAUUUGAAGCAUUUUCAGUUGCACUUCUUUGUAAGGUUUAUUGUGGAAAAGAAUUGAAAGAAACAAUCUCGACUUGUAUGAUUGUGAUCUGUCCAUUUCUGUGAGAACGUUUGAGCUUCCACACGGGGUGUUAACUUCUACUACACCGCUGUUUGUGUAGAAAGACCAUUUACAAUAAACCACUUCAGAAAACA